AUGCAAUGCAUGUCAGCCCAGUUGAUGGCAAUCAGGCUGUCCUGGUGGGAAGUUGCCUACACGGAAGAUAGCACGUUAUGCUGCUCAUGCUAUAGGUCGGAAGAACAGGCGGGUUAUCAAGAGCUAGUGAACGCCAUCAUCCGACCCCCGAGAGCGAGAUACGAAGUCGAGGCGCUCGGCCCGGUGGAGUUCGAGUUCCUGGGGAAGGCGUUCAAGCGCCUGGACUUCCGGCUCCUCAACGAUCGAGGGCACGUGCUUGAGUGCAGUCACUGGCAGCCCAACGGUUGGAGACGCGCGGAACGGUUGCCUUGCGUGGUGUACAUGCACGGCAACUCCUCGGCUAGGGUGGAGGCCCUGCCUCAGCUGUCCCUGGCCCUCUCGCUAGGGGCCACGCUGGUGUCGUUCGACUUCGCCGGCAGCGGGAGGAGCGGCGGGGAGCACGUUAGCCUUGGGUACUACGAGCGGGAUGACCUGAAGGCUGUCAUCGAGCACCUCCGGAAGUCUGGGCAGGUCUCGACCAUCGCCCUGUGGGGACGCUCGAUGGGCGCCGCCACCGCCCUCCUUCACGGCGACAGAGACCCUUCCAUCGCCGCCCUCGUCCUCGACAGCGCCUUCGCCGACCUGACACAGCUGGCGGAGGAGAUGGUCGAGAGAGGCAGGCAGGCGGGCUUGACGGUCCCGGGCAUUGUGGUGAAGAUGGUAAUGAGAAUGAUUCGGGGGACCGUAACGAAGACCGCCAACUUCAACGUGCGAGACCUGUGCCCGAUAAAGCACGCCAACCGGACCUUCAUCCCCGCGCUGUUUGUGGCUGGGCUUGCGGACGACUUCAUCAAGCCCCACCACAGCAAGCAGAUCUGCGAAGCGUACGCCGGGGACAAGAACUUCGUAACGGUCGACGGGGACCACAACUCCCCGAGGCCGGGCUUCCUCUUCGACUCGGUGUACAUAUUCCUCCAGAGAUAUCUGCAGGUGCCCCCGGAGUGGGGCCUGGACAGAGAAAACACCGUCAUGGGCGUCCCCCCCUGGCACUUCGCCUCCGGCGGCAGCGGCAUGAGCGCCGCCGCCGCGGCCGCCAUGUUCGGGGCGGCGGCGGCGGCGUCCGGCGAAGGCAGCGGCGACUUGGACUACGCCGACUACGACUGGGAUGGGAUCGGGCUGGGGGGUAUCGGGGUCGACGGAGCCCCCUCCGUUGGCAUGACGCGGGCGAGGCAAGCGGAGUUCCAGACGGCCUUGUUCCAUAUGCUCGCACAGGAGCGCACCGAUCAAGCUCCUGAAGAGACACCCGGUGGCGGCGGCGACGAGCGAAGGUCGCCAGCGGUAGCAGCGGCUGGGGCGGGGGCGGCGGAGACGGCAGCGGUGGAAGCAGCGGCGGCGGCGGAAGCGGCGGGGGCGGCGGCGGCGGGGGCGGCAGCGGGGGGUCGAGAUUCUUCGAUGACCGACUCGAGAAGUCAAUCCUCGAUUGCAUCACCCCGUGCCGUGCAUGCUUCUGGCGCGGUGGUUGUCAAAGGUGCCGGGGGGCAUGGUCAGGGUGAGAGCGGAGUUGACGUCGUCGAGAUGCGGGAAUGCGAGCUGUUGCCGCAAGGAACGUUUCGAGAGGAAGAGUCGUUGACCGAGGAGGAAGAGCAGGGGGCAGAAGCCGUCGCGGCGGUGGCGGCGGCGCUGAGAGUAGGGGGGACGCCGAACGCAGCGGCGGCAACAGGACAACAGUGGCCACGGCCGUUUGAGGCGGCGACGACGACGGCGGCGAUGGCCUCGACGACAACGGCGUCAGGCUUCGCCACGCCGAGCUCGGGGGCGCGGCCGGCGAUGGCGCCCUUCUCCGUCAGCGACACGUCCGACUUCGAAGACCUCGAGGAGGACGACGACGACGAAGGCGGCGUGGAGGGUCUCGCCGAGUUCAUGGCGGCGAAGAGCGCUGCGGCCGGGGGCCCCGUGGAUUCACCCGGGAACGGUUUCGCGACCCCGCUGUCUUCCGAUUCCAAAUGCGGCGGGGGGCGCGAAGACUUUUUUGACGCGGAAGGGUCCGGCGGGGCCCUUUCGGUGGGGAAGGGGACAGCCGAGCGCGUCUUGGACUGGAACGCUAACGGCGGUUUGUUGGAGAGAGGCGGGGAGGGGGGGCAUGGCGACCGGGAUGUCUUGUCUGGGGACAGGGCUGACUGGAAAAGGACCGCCGGGGUGGUUGGGUCUAUGUGCGGGGAAGGGGGCGCCGAUAACGAGGCUACCUCCGCGGAAGGCUUGAAGCGGGUGGUCGACGGCGGCGGCUUGGUGGCGAAAUAUACAGAUGUGGAGUGGAGCUGUUCGAAGUGUACACUCAAGAACAUCGCGGCCGCAAAAAUUUGCCUCGUGUGCGCAUCACCACGCGAGGACGAAUGA